AUGUCGGACCCUUACUAUCCCGCCCACCAGCCUUACACAGCUCCCCAAGACAACGGGUUUCAACCUCCUCUUGAGAAUCAAGACCAAUACCAAGGCUCAGUGUAUGGCUACGAGCCUCAGCAGACGCAUAAUCCUCAGCUGGAAGGUUACCAGAACGCGUACAAUCAGCAACAAUAUACACCCUCAGCUCCAGGCCAAGAGUACGCGCCAAUUCAGACAACCUACCAUCCGGUCUCAGAACCACAAAAUGGAUACCUGACUCCAGCAUCGACCAUGGCGUGGGCAGAUGCCUAUACGCACAGAUACGAUGACACCCGGCUAAGCCCCCACUACGAGACUCUAAGUCUUUCUUGCUCACAUUCUGGUGCCUGCACGAGAAUUGAGAGGCCCAAGCUAACUUGUUUUGAAAGCGACCCAAGUCUGCAUGAAGACACCCAAUACUCAGCGGCAAAUGAAGUUUCAUCCUCAGCAAGACACGAAGACGAGAUUGAUGCGGAAGGGGGCGAACGUGGAAUAGGAGGCGCCCUUGUCGGCGGGGUGACUGGAUAUUACCUGGGUCAUAAGAAAAGCCAUGGUUUAUUGGGCGCUAUUGGUGGUGCUUUGUUAGGGAACUUCCUCGAGAACAAGAUAGGCGAGAGGAACGAGGAUGGGGAUUCGCAUUCUGGGCAUGGACGACACCAUGGGCAUGGUAGGCGUCGCACCCGCCAUCAUCGUCGUCAUAGGAGACACAGUCGGUCCGAGUCGAGACAUAGUCGUCACAGUUCUAGUUCGUCCUCUCGGUAG